CGCUUGCUGCCCACCACGGCUACCAGCGCUGUUCUCUACACUAUUCGUAUUCGCGCAGUAGUUCUCGUGAUGUCGUUUAGUGUGUACGGCACAGCGGAGCACGACAACACUCGUUGACGGCACCUCUUCCACUCAACUCAAUUCCCAACGAAGUGAAAGACACUCGCAGCUGCAUUCGUCCGGACAUUCGACCCACGGAGGCCUAGAUUACAAUUAGACACCGAUGCGCAACCGGAGACAUCGCCUUGCCGAGUUUCAUCCCGUCUCGCGAUGUGAAGUCAUCACCAACGCAACUCGGCGUGUUUUUAUUUCGAAUGUUAAAUCGAAAACCGUCCCGUUAAUUUCUGCAAUCAUUAUGCUAUCAAGAUUAUGAACAUAUUAUAGCAAAUAUACCCGCUGAUGGCAUCAUCAAGCACCACAUCGCAAUGAUAAAGCGAGUCAACCUCAUCGGCUUCGCCUGCAUCACAGUCUUCUGCGUGCUGCUCAUAUUCUCCUAUAAUCAGAAAGCAAUCAUCCCGAAUGUGCCUCUGUAUGGUGAGCAGCAUGUGGUGGAGGACUAUCUCUAUAACCUGUCCACCACCCCUUUCAUAAGAGAAGUACUCUACAGGCAAAAGUUUGCGCUUGAUCAGGAAGCCAGAGACUAUGCCUUCCCGCAUGGUGAAAGUCUCAAAGACUAUGCGAUGGUGUCAGGCGGCAAGCCGCUGCGGAGUAUUAUUCUCACUACCUGGCGAUCUGGAUCCACCUUUCUCGGUGAUAUUCUCAACGCUGUGCCGGCAACGUAUUACCACUAUGAACCACUGCUCGACUAUGGCAUCGUGCAGAUUCGUGGCGCGCCACUGGCGGAAACUGCGCUGACCGCGCUCAAGAAUCUCCUCAACUGUGAUUAUGAUGAGAUGCAAGCGUAUCUGGAGUAUGGCAAGACGCAUACGUAUCUGUUCACGCAUAACACGCGUCUGUGGAAUCGCUGCGAGCCUAGUCACCUCUGUUGGGACGCCAGCUUUCUGAACGAGUUUUGUAAACUUUUUCCGUUUCAAAUGAUGAAAAUCGUUCGGCUGCGGCUGAAAUUAGCCGAGGAAUUAUUAAGGGACGAAUCGCUGAAUGUGAAAGUCGUGCUCCUCGUGCGUGAUCCUCGUGGCACGUUACAAUCUCGCAAACACCGUGAUUGGUGUCCCGGCAACGCCGACUGUGAUAAACCUGAUCUUUUGUGCGCCGACAUGGUCUCUGAUUACAAUGCUGCCGUGCAACUUGCGGAAAAGUACCCAAAUACAUUUAAAGCGGUGAGGUACGAAGACCUCUCCUUGAACCCGCGUACGAUGACCAAAGAUAUUUUCGAUUUCUACGGCCUCAAGUUCCAUGCGAACGUCAAUGACUUCCUGGAGUCGCACACCAAGUCCAAUAUCGGUGGUGUGAGCAGCACGUUUCGCGAUUCGCGUUCAGCUCCGUUUCAUUGGCGCUCUGAUUUGAACGCCAGCGAGGUGCAGUACAUCGAGGAGAGCUGCGAGAAGGCGAUGCGUCUUUGGGGCUAUGUCAAACACAAGCCAUACGCGCGUGAUACCGACACAUUGACAUCAUUCUCGAUCGUUUAACAUCGAAGCAAAUUUGAUUGGAUUAUGAAUAGAUACUUGCACGAUUGAUUGCUGGCCAUAUUGUUUUGGCAAACGUAAUGCGCACCCGUGGAAUUGCCGUUUUGGAUUAUUUAUUUAUUUAUCAGCCUAUUAUCAUGCUCAAUACAGAUCGCAUUUAUUAAACGAUAGGAGAACACACACGCACACCCGGUUUGGUUUAGAUUUAAAUAUUAGCAUAUGGGCAGCUAUGAUGACGACUUCUCCCUAUUAUAGUCAAUUUAUUGUUAUUUAAGCGUGUGAUAUCAACGAGCAAAUCGAACUGGAUGCAUUUUUAUACGCCGGAUGUCAUUACUGAAUCAUUCUGAAGCAUAUCGAUACCAAUGUUAAUUUUAAGUUGUAAAUGUGUAAUCAAAGAUAUGAAAUCAAACGCCGUGCUGCAGUUACAACAAUUACGCUGAAGUGUUUCUACAAUGUGUGCCUUUUUGAAGGAAUUUAAACGAAAUCACACGAAUAAUGCUCAUCACAAUUUUCUUUACCGAUAAGUGUUUUUUAGUCGCGGUUUAAUGUGUGUAUUAGAUGUCGGGAUAGAAAAAUGAACAAAUGUCGAACAAGUGAAUAUGAACACAAUAUUUGUGCAAAUAAAGCAGAAUUAAGUACA